CGGGAUGGCCCCGACGCCGAGCAGCGGCCCCUGAAGCGCCCCGCUCCGGAGCCGCCCGGGCAGGAUUCGCCGGCCAAGAUCUUCCAGCGGAUGAAGGCGAGGGCGGAGCAGCAGCGCAGGGCCUUGGCCACCGACGUGAUCCUGAGCCCCGCGGCCGGGCAGCGGUGGCCCGGCACGGCCCGGGCGGAGGGCAGCGCCCAGCCGGGACCAGAGCCGGUUUGCCUGCAGGUUCCCCGGCCUGAGCCCCCGGCAGUGCUCCCUGCAGAGCCUCCCGUGCUGGAAACCCCCCAGAAGUUCUUCCUGCGGGUGAAGCAGCAGCUGCAGCAGCAGCACAGAGCCGGACCACCUCCAACCCAAACCCAGCAGAAUGUUCCUCCUUCCACAGCUGCAGGGAAUCCCUUAGCCCGGCCUGCUGGUGCUGAGCAGCCAGCGGAGGAUGAGGAUGCUGAUAAGGACGAUGUGGAUGUUUUCCUCGUGGAAUCCAUAGAAGUAGAUGCUGAUGAAGAUGCUGAUCAGAGUACAGUAGCCACUCCUUCGCGUGUGAACUCCACCCCUUGGGAAGACGGGGUAAAAGGAAGGUGGGGAAAUGGAGAAGCAAAAGCUACAGAGCUCCAUGAGGACAGGAGAGAGUUGCAGCCCAGUAAGGAACCAGCUGCCCCAGCAGUGGAAAAGGCACCAGAGACUAAUCCCGAAAAACCCUCGCAGUGCCUGUGUAGCAUCAUGCUCUCCUCUCCAGUCCAGUUCCCAAGGAAGCAGAAGCUGGCAGAGGACCCCAAGGUCCCUUUGGAUAAUCCUCCUGCUGAUCAACCUGCUGGCAAAGCACACAAAGAGACAAACAUCUGCCUGAACAGCUGGAGGAUUAAAGUGCUGCCUGGAAACAUGGCAAUCUGCGUGGAAGGGAAAAGGAAGGACAUGAGGCAGCUGCUGUGGCACAGCAGCGCCGUCACGGAGCGCGUCACUCACAACCAGGUGAGAACCUCCUCGGGCGCUGUCUACCUGCUGCAGGGCAAGAUAGACUCGGCCGCCAUGAGGCGUGAAGGCUUCCCCUACCGCUUCAUCAAGAGAUUCACCUUCGGUUUCUCCAGACGGUGGAAGGAGUACCUGGAGGAGCUUCUUGGGGAAAGGAGAAGGAAGGAACAAAUUCAAGAUAGUGGUGUAGAAGAAAACGAGGAAAACGAGGAGAAUGACUCCGUGGGGGGAACCGAUGUGGUGGAAACCGCAGGAGACACAGCGAGCAAUGCGAAGAAACCUGCGCUGAGGAACUCCACCUAUGAGGUGUCACCAGGGAGCGAUGAGAACAUCUUCGUAACACCAAAGCACAGCUCCAGGAAGGACUCGAGCAGGCUCUACACUCGCAGCGGGCGCCUGGUCAAACCCCCCCUGAACUUCUGGUGUGGGCAGAGGGAGUUCGUGGAUCAGAACCUGAACGUCACCAUAGAAAAUGGGGGAGUGGAUUACCUGAGCCUGAUGCUUAGUAGUGAAAAACCCAAACGAAAGACCAGUUUCACCUCCAAGAAGGAUAAACCAAAGGAAGACAUCAGGAGGACAGAGGAAAUGCCAAAAAGCCAAAGUAAAGGGAAAAGCCCGGAGAGAGGAGCCCCUUCCAGAGGAGCCCCUUCCAGAGGAGCCCCCGGAUCUGCCGGCAGCGGGACGGGCAGGCGCUCCCUGCCCGACGAGGAGGGAAACGAUGCUGGAACGCAGAGGAAAUCCCGGCUCCGUGCCAGGGGGAAUCCCUCGAACAGCAAGGCGCCGAGCAGAGGCAGCAGCAGAGGCAGCAGCGGGGCGCCGGGGGCAUCAAGGAGAGCGGCAGGCUCCGGAGCUCUGAGCAUGUACGAGCAGGGCUACAGGAGCUGCCUGCGCUCAGCCGGGCCGCGCCUCCCGGCAAAGCACAGCGCCCUCCCCGCCCAGGAGCCCUCGGAGCAGGAUGGGGGGGAGCAGUCCAGCGAGGACACCCCUCUGCUGAUCAAGAGGAAGAAGAAAUCAAUAUUAAAACCAGAGUCUCGGAACUGGAAACCAUGCUCUGGCUCCAGGAGUUCCCGGGAGGAUGCCAACGAGCCCCGUGGCCAAAAGACAGCAAAGCCCUCCCAGAAAGUGCUGGUGAGGCUGAGCGGGCCCGAGUCCAGCGACGAGUCUGAGCUCACCCCUGAAGGGAGAACAUCCUCAGAGUCCCUCAGAGCUUCCCUUCUGCCUGCUCGGGCCAGGAGGGCACAGGGCAGCACCAACCCUCCCGGGCGCUGCCUCGAUUCCGACACCGAGCCCGAAACCGGGAACGGGGAGUUGCACAGGAAGGACAGGAAUGCCAGAGAGCCCCGGGUAAAAACCAGCAGUGGGGUCUCCAACGGUGCCGGGCCUGGAGCGAAACAGAGACAGCACGAGAGGGCAAAGGGGCAGAAAUCUCUGGAACUUUUUCCAAGGGCAGCUGAUGGUUGGUCUGAGAAGGAGUUGCAGAAGCUUCACAGGGCCAUCGCGGCGUUCCCGAAGCACAGGAGCGGCUUCUGGCAGGACGUGGCCAUGGCCGUGGGGUCCCGCUCGGCCCAGGAGUGCCAGGAGAAGUACCUGGAGGAGCAGCAGGGGAAAGGAUCCAAGCAGCAGCCCAGGAAAACCACGUCGGGAAAAUCUGAGCAGAAAAAUAAGAAGGAGGCAGUGAUCACUGCCAAGGUGGGCACCCUCAAAAGGAAGCAGCAGAUGAGGGAGUUCCUGGAGCAGCUGCCCAAGGACAACCACGACGACGUCUUCACUGCGACGCCCUUCCAGAGCAGGAGAGUCCAGCUGCCAGCGCUGCGAGGGAGCCGGGACGAGGACGCCGAGGAUUUCACCCUCUCCGAGUUCCCGCUCACCCCCUCCUCAGGCCUCUUUCCCCCCGUGAAAACCCCGCAGUGUGAGCACAUCAGCCCGGGAAUGCUGGUCCCCAUCAACAGGAACGCCUACGACCGGCACGUGUUCCGCAUGCAGAAGAACACGCGGGGCAGCAGAGGCACCUGGGACAAGGUCAAGAAGAAGUCGGCCGGAGCUGUGCUUGGGACGCCAGCUUCCUGCAGAACCAAGAGGGUGACCCCGGCCCCUGUGGUGGGGAAGCUCUUCAUGGCUCCGACUCCGACUCCAGACUCAUCCAGUGAGGAGCAGGAUUCCUACUUUUCCAUCUGAUGGACUUGGUGGAUGCUCAGCACUUCCGGUUCAGAGCACGGGGGUCGCGCUGUCCCUCUGGGAGGGAAUGCUGGAAUGAUGAGCUCAGUUUGGAAAAGCUGCCCUGCUGUGCUUUUAUGUGUUUUAAGCCCGUUCCCCCCCCUGCAGCAACGCUCGGCUUUUCCAUGGGUGCUCUGGCACUUCCUUGUCCAGGCUCCCUCUCUCCGUGUCCUGCUUCUCCUGGGAAGGACAAAUGCACAGAGAGACCAAUGACUGCCAAGGUCUGAUUGAUUUUUAAGCUAAAAUAUCUUCUGGGAUAAAGCUGUACAAUAAAUUCAGGUGCAGUCCGGAAGGAACCGAAACUGCUUUUUAAUUUACUCUAGAGAGAGCUUGAAUUUUUACAUUUCCUUAAUGUAAUAAACAAAGCCAAGCCUUUUUUACUCACAGAGUACUCAAGAGUUGUUGUGGGGC